AUGCCGCCGCGCACAAGGCCAGGGUCCAGGAACUCUUUUCACCCUCCGAACGAUGUCGCCACAUACCGCGAUGUCCUCAUGUUUGAGGAACGCCUCAAGACAACGGCCUUGAGCCUCCAGCGACGUAAAUCCAGAUACCAGUUUUUCUUGUUCCAGCUGCUGUUGGUGAUAGCGGUGCUGCUGUGGGAGGUGCUGCUCCCACCACAGGCGUCUCUGCUUGUCAUACCGUACCGGUUUGUGCUGGGAUGGAUCCUUCCGAACCUUGCAGACGAGGUUCGGAUACACCCGUAUUUCUCGAGUGGGCUGUUGUUCGUCAGUGUAACAACAUUGUUGCUCUUCUUUGCCAGUGGCAUGUACUCGGAGAAGAUUGCCUAUGCCAACAAAUACGUCCCCCAUGCUAACCGGGCGUUAAGAUCUUUCAACAUGGUCCUCAACGUUCGCAAACCGCCAUUGAGGUCCCAGUUUGCGUGGAACCCGCUCAACUUUUUCUUUCCUCGACCACCGCAGCAGCAGCCUGUAGCGUCCCGAGGAGAACCGUCACGAUCACCCUCACCUUCAAGAUCGCCGCGAUCUCGGUCUUCAUCUACGUCUCGGCCCAUGGCGUCACUUCCACCGGCAUCCAAUCCUCGUGGCGAAUUGGUUUUCUCGUCGAGGGUGGACAAGAAUUUCAGGGAAGGGUACGAGCGAUACCGGGCUACGUUCGAGAGGAAGAGGGCGGAGAGGUUGCAAGAGGAGAGGAGGAAGACGUGGUGGGGGAAGAUUUUGUAUUGGAGGACGCCCCCGCCGGCACCUGUACCCAACCCUGCACAGGGUGCUCCCCCUUCGCGGAGUGUGUCUGGAAGCGGAACCCCUAAACGCCAAAGGGGAGGGUCUCAGUCAAGAAGUGUAACACCGGAGCCAGCUGGGAUCAUGAUGAAGUCGCGCACAGCGACGCCUUCGCCUCCGGGAACACCUGGAACACCCAGACAACGAAGUCGAAAGGACAAUAUGCGGACAAUGGCUUUAGAACGAAGCUUUGAGCACUCUAAUCACGAUUAA